AUUUGCAUGUACUACAAAUUGUACUAGAUAGAGAGUUAGUUUAAAACACAAAUCGAAACAAGUUUAUGUUUUUCAGAGGCGGAAUGUGGUUGAGUGGGGUGUGAGAUUGGCUUGUUGUUGAGGUGAUUUUGAGUUCUAGUUUGUUUGGUAUCGGCUUUACUAAGGUUUAGAAUUCAUAAUAGACUUGAAAAAGCUAAUGACUUUGACAUGCUUUAGACAUCGAUUUUACAUACUUGUUUUGGGAUCGAGUUUGUUAUUUGAAUUGAAUUUGUCGAUAGUGUGUAGUCUUUUGUUAUUCAUUUGGUGCGUAGCUUUGACUCUGUUUUAUUUUAGAGGAAAACACAUUUGCUAGUUGAUUAUAUUUUGUUUCGAUUUGUGUUUCUAAGUAGUUUUGAAUUGUAAAAAACUAGUUAAAUGUGAGAUGGUUAUAUUUGGUUCGCUGUUAACUUAUGGAAUUCAUGUUUUUUAGGAAUGGCUCACCAGUUUCCUAAACGCAUUCUUCAAGAAGGUGCUGAGACGCAGAUGGAUAAGAUUAACAACACAUGUAGAAGGACGCUUCUGAAGGCGGUAAAGGUGGCUCUGAAAGAUGAGUAUGAGGAAGUUUUGAAAGACCCUGUCUUCGGGCCUCUUCUGGCGAUCAUAGAGAACAACCUCAUCUACUCAGGGAAGAUUAUUCACAGCUUCAUGUGCAAGCAGCUCAGGGUUUCCAAGCUUCACGAGCUGUGGUUUAUUUUUGCGAAGAGGCCUCUUAGGUUUUCUAUGCAAGAAUUUUAUGCUGUGACUGGAUUGAAGUACAAAGAGGAACCCGACGUAGACUUCAUUAACUGGAAGAAUGAUAAGGGGUUCUGGGCUAAUGCGCUGAAGACCAAUGCGAAGAUCAACUUAUAUACUAUAAGGGAUGAGCUCCUUAAGGUGUGUAACGAGUGGUCGUAUGUGGACAGAGUGAGGUUAGUGUAUCUGUCCAUUAUACAAUCAUUCCUCAUGGCUAAGGAUUGGAAAGUGUAUAUCCCUCAAGAAUACAUCCGCUUGGUGAUGGAUUUUGAGAAAUUGAGGAUGUAUCCUUGGGGUCUUCGCGCUUAUGAUGAGCUGAUUGCAUCAAUACUCAGAGCAAGAGAAGAUGUGCAUACGAAGAACAGCUACGUGUUGGAUGGAUUCUCAUAUGCGUUUCAGAUAUGGAUUAUGGAGGCAAUUCCAGACAUUGGUUCUAUAGUGGGUAAAAAAAUAAAAAAAAACGUGAAGAAAAUGAGAUGUAGGAAUUGGAAAGGUAGUGGUAAAGUAUCCUACCAAGAUAUCACCAGCCUAGAGUCCCACUUUGAUAAGCUCGAUAAGCUUUAGAAGCCUUUGCAACCAAACCAGCCACACCUUUCCCACUAAAAUAUGUUACGACAUUAUUCAGCAAGUGGUGAAUGCAAAUUCCGUGAUGAGCUUGCGGGUACACGUUAGCAAUAGCUUUAGCAAUCGAGGAAUUCCUAUCAGACACAAAAGCUAAACUAUGCUCGUCAGCAAUGACCGCAUUAAGUUGUCUCAUAAACCAGUUCCACGCAAGGUCAUUCUCUGAGUCGACAACUCCAAAUGCAAUAGGAUAUAAAUUAGAGUUUCCAUCUAAUGCAGUAGCAACCAGUAAUACCCCUUUGUAUUUGCUCUUCAAGAACGUCCCAUCCACAACAAUAACUUUCCGAAUUGCAACAUAGAAACCGCGAAGACUCUGACCAAAGGAGAUGAAGAGGAAUCUGAAUCGCCCUUCAGAAUCCCUUUCAUAAGACGUGUGUGACCCUGGAUUAGCUUCCCUCAUCAUGUGCAAGUAUUUGGGAAUUUUUUCAUAGCCUUCCUCUGGAAGGCCUUUCACUUUGUUGAUUGCAUACUCACGUGCAUCCCAUGCCAAAGAAUAGGAUAUCUCAAGUCCAUGUUCUGAACGCAUAUACUGGACUAUAUCAUUAGAUCUCGGCCCUUCUUUAGCAGUUUCAUACAUAUGCAUAACCAGAGUACCAAUUGUUUUUGCUGAAGCUGUCCGAACAGAACCCUUCCUUUUGGAUGCAGCACAUGAAUGAUGAGGUACAUACUUUUUGAUGAUAAAAUAAGAUGAA